AUGAUACCGAACGAAGAUUCGGUGAGCACCGGUGCCGAUGCCCUGUUUCAACAGCAUUCGAUCGCCGAGAUCGUGGAGAUACGCCAGAGGAUUCUCCAGGACAUCACGAAGAAGAAUCACGAGGUCCGAGAGUUGGUCGGAGAAAGGUAUCGAGAUCUAAUCGAUGCCGCCGACACGAUACAGAACAUGAAACGAGUCGUGGAUGAACUACCGGCGAAGCUCCAACAGCUGCCGCUCAGCUGCGGUGAAUUCAAUCCGUGUCCUCUGGAGGUUCCGAGCAGAGAUGCUCAAGUUUUCACCAAUUUCGCUCAAACGAAGCUGAUUCUGGACAUAUGUGCCAAAUUGGGAGCUCUGAUCGAAGCCCGCGAGAUGAUUUCUUCCGCUGCACUAAUUGCCCUCGCUCAGGUGGCUCUACGUGAUAACAACCUUCCCGCUGAGGUUCUUUCGUCCACGCAGAAGUCGUUGAAGAACUCGACACGACUCCUGAACAAAGCGUGCCUCGCCGCCGUGGCCGAUCCGGUUUGUGAUAAGGAUGCGCUCGCCGAGACUCUCUGCACCCUCUCGAUCUUGGAAGGGAGGAAACCCGAGCGUCUCGUAGAAACAUUCUUCCAGGAACGACGAGCGCGCCUGGAUGAGAUUCUCGACAGUCAGAUGAUGUUGACCAAAGACAAAUUCAGCGCAAUAGCACAAUAUCUCAUCAAAACUCUGAGUCUUUCCGAGUGCCUAUCCUCGGACCGUCCGUACUUUCUCGAGUAUUUCGAAAGACACCGAAUCAGCACCGAAGGCAUUGUAUCUCUCGUCGAGGACCCUCUUUCGCUGUCGACACACUUCCUGGCACAGUACCUCAGCGAGUUCCGCUGUAUACUUCCGAAAAGCCUUUACGAGGCUAAACUCACGAGUCUGACGCGGGAGAAAACGAAAUCUUUCAUCGAGGACAUACGCCAGAGCUGCCGCCAGAAACUGGCGCUCGAGCUGCAAUGUUUCUCCGAUUGCAGAGCAAUAGCGAAAACCUAUGAUCAUCUCGUCAAGUCGAUCGAAGAAAUCCAACUCUCGACCGUUUGUAUCAACGGAACUCCGAACGUUUACGAGCUGUUCUUCCGUGACGCAAUCGUGCGACGCAUAGCUGAGAUCUUCGAGGACAUUAUCAGUAAGGCCACCGAGCAGAUGCUCGUCUCGGUUCACGCGAGUUUCGCCGAGGCUUCUCGCAUCAAAUCGUCAAACGUUCCAACUCUAUGCAGGAAUCUCGAUGCAGCAGUCAAAUCAGCUUUGGAUCAGCUUGCGGAGUUCGCUCCCUACGGCGAAGUCACUUCGGACGAAUACCGCUCCCUCGCGGAGUUGACGAGCACGGCGACCGAGCAGAAGCUCACUCAGGUCCGCGCGUUUGUUUCGCAAUGCGUCGAGAGCGGAGUUCGCUGUUGUUACUUCCUGUCGUUGUUAUCGCAUCUUUCAGCUAGUUUAACCGCCUGCACGAAUCUGCAAAAAGUCUUCGGCAGUACGUGGACCCAACGGAGGGAUUUCCUCAUGGAGAGUCGGGAUCUUGCGGCGUCCACAGCGAUGAAUGUGUUGGUCGACGAAGCCAUGGGAACGUUCCGAAAAGCUUUCGAGGAAACGCCGGUGAACCGCAUCCUCCUGGAAAUGUCAUCCGUCAAGGCUCGCAUCGAGAUGAGCGAAGAGGGUGAGAGCGGGCUACAGUCAACGUCCAUACACGUGCCCCAGCAUUGCCUGUUCCCAUUGAGUCAACUUCUGUUCUCGAUUUCGGUCUACAUCAGGGACAGAAUGGAAUGCGCGGUUUCGGUCAAGGUCGUCGCACAAAUCAAUCUGACCAUAGCCAAAGCCGUAGAAGACACAUACCAAAAAGUCCUAGACUCUCGAGCUUGUCUCCCGCAAACGGCGCAACAAGAACUAGCUGUGCAGCUGUUGUUCGACAUGGAAUACUUGGAGAAACUUCUGUCCAGCAGCCUCGACGACGAUUUUCGCAGCCAAUGCAUCGCGUUGAUAGACCCGGUUGAUUAUCACAUGGCGCGACCUCAUCUCGAUGAGGGCGUCAUCGGACUGGUUGCUCAGACGGCGAUGUUGUACGGCCUUCUUUGCCCCCGGUGCACGCCAGGCAAGCCACGGAAACAGACGAGUCAAGACCACAAUGUCGUUCCUUUAGCCGAACAGACUAUCCAACGCUUCAGUUCGCUCCCGGUCGGCGUUCCCUCGCUCCGCAGAUAG